UCCUACCACUUCCUGUUUGGAAUCCUGGGUUGUCAACGUCGUGUAAAUCACAGGAAGAUUUCGCAAAGCCGAAUGGUCCCAAAAUGACAACAUAAGCUAAGUGCUUACACCCUGACAUAGACAAGCAGGGUGCAUCAUGCCGAGCUCCCUCCUGUGGGCUGUUGAUGUGUACGGGAGGGUUUAUAGCCUUUCGACAGCGGGACAGCAGUGGGAGCAUUGUCGCGAUGCCCAUUUGGAGUUCAAGCGUGUUACGGCCGUACAGCAGUGCUGCUGGAGCAUUGCCUGUGACCACAACAUCUAUCUGUACGUCCAUGCCAGUGAUGUGCCCAUCCGCUACCAAGAGGAGACAUAUGAAAACCAGAGGUGGAACCCUGUCGAUGGCUUCUCAGACCGGCUGUUGCCCAGUGACCGUUGGCAGUGGAGUGAUGUCACAGGGCUGAAGCACCAGCCUCUGGGUGACUUUCAGCUGCCCUCUGAGAACUGGGAGUGGGAGGCGGACUGGUACGUGGAUGAAAACUUUGGAGGGGAGCCCACAGAGAAAGGGGGAUGGACAUAUGCCAUUGAUUUUCCAGCCACUUACACGAAAGACAAAAAAUGGAACUCUUGCGUGCGUCGCCGCAGAUGGAUAAGAUACAGAAGGUACAAGGCACAGGACACUUGGGUCAAGAUCCCCUCAGAGCAGACUGAGUCUCUUCCUGACCCGUUUAAUGACAUCACUUGUGGUGGUUGGGAGAUCACUGAGGAGCCCAGAGGGUGUUUGGCACUGUGGGCGGUCUCUCUGCAGGGAAAGGUGUGGUUCCGAUGUGGUAUCAACCACCAUAAUCCUGAGGGCUCCGUUUGGGAGGAGGUGCCUGUACCAGGGGAGGUUGUGCAGAUCAGCUGCGGCCCGGGUGACCUGGUGUGGGCUGUCCUGUGGGAGGGUCAUCUGCUGGUCAGAGAGGGCAUUGGCCGAGACUGCCUAAAUGGGUCAUCAUGGGUCACAGUUGAGUCGCCAAGCCCUGGAGUGGGUGCCGUACACGUAGCUGUUGGUGUGAAUGUAGUGUGGGCUGUCACAAAAGAUCAUAAAGUCUGGUUUAGACGGGGUGUGAAUUCUCAUAAUCCUUGUGGCUCCGGUUGGAUAGGUAUGGUUGGAGAGAUGGUCAUGAUCAACGUGGGUCUCAAUGACCAGGUGUGGGGUAUUGGUUUUGAAGACCGGGCGGUGUAUUUCCGUCAAGGUGUGACUGCCAGCGAGCUGAGCGGGAAGACGUGGAAGGUUGUGUCUGUACCCAGAGAUAGUGAACGUUCCCACUCUAGCGCCAGCGCUAGCAGCCUUCAAAGUGCUGGUUGUUUCUUUGGCGGUGAGGUGCGUCUGCAGUCCCAGGCUUCAGUGUUGAGUGAUGCAGACCCUGAGAAUGAAAGAGCUGGGGGUGAAGCGGUCCCAACAUCUGAGAUGGGAGACGCCCCUAAACCACGCAUCCCUAAAGUGACCAGUGACAGCUUCAUCUCAGAGCUCGUAUCUGAUCGUGAAGGCCAAAUCAGUCGGCGUGACAUCCCCCCAGCUGGCCCAUCCAUUCCUGAGGAGGAUCACACAGAAAAAGAGGUGGAAGAGAGGGCUUCCCCAACCCAGGUUUUGUCUCCUAGCCAAUCAGGUGGGUUGGAUCCUCAAUGGAGCAAUGUGGACCUAGAGGAAGCCCAGACGCACCUCGCAUCUGGACCUGGAGACGCAGCUGAAACCAGCAGCCUGUCCUCUGUAGCCACCUAUAACUUAGCCCUAGAGGAGCCUUAUGGGCCGGAUGAACAUCCAAAAUGGGCCUGGGUUAGCGGUGGGGGAUGUUUGGUGGAGUGUCACACACAGCUCAACUGGUUCAACUCAUCUACAUCCACAGCCCUGAACUCCUCCAUGCAGGCCAUGUCUCUCUCCAUUACACCUGCUCAAACGGCAGCAUGGCGUAAACAGAUAUUUGAGCAGCUCAGCGAACGCUCCAAGAGAGAAAUGGAGAAUUUCAUGCAUUAUGAGCAGGCCAUUGAACAGUCUGUGUGGGUGAAGAAGGGCACCAUGCAGUGGUGGCGAGACUGGAAACCUCAUAAGUGGGUGGAUGUUCAGUUUGCGCUGGAGCAGUUUUCAGGAGCAGAGGGCAACAAAGAUGGGAUUCUGUUUAUCUACUACACCUUUAAUGAUGAAAAGAAGUAUCUCCAUGUGUUCAUUAAUGAAGUGACAAUCCUGGUGCCAGUGCUGAAUGACUCCAAGCACACAUUUGCCAUCUAUACAGCAGAGCGAACCAAACAGAGGUGGCCGAUCCGCCUGGCAGCGGCCACAGAGCUGGAGAUGCACGACUGGCUGGCUCUGCUCAGUGUGUCCUGCUGUGACUCUAGAGGUAUUCAGGGCCCUCCCUCAAAACAAGCCAUCUGGUCGGUCACCUGUAAAGGUGAUAUCUUUGUGAGUGAACCCACGAAAGAACUAGAGGCCUCUCCCUACCCUACACCCUGUGAUCAGAUGUUCUGGCGUCAAAUUGGAGGGCAUUUGCGCAUUAUUGAGACCAACAGUCUUGGUGUGGUGUGGGGGAUUGGCUAUGAUCACACUGCCUGGGUCCACACAGGAGGCUAUGGAGGAGGCUUUUUCCAGGGUUUGGCAAGCAGCACAGAUAACAUCUACACACAGACAGAUGUGAAAAGUGUUUAUAUCUAUGAGAACCAGCGCUGGAAUCCCGUCACUGGUUACACUAACAGGGGUCUCCCUACUGACCGUUACAUGUGGAGCGAUGCCUCAGGUCUGAAGGAGUGCACUAAAAACAACACAAAACCACCCUCCCCCAACUGGACUUGGGUGUCAGACUGGACUAUUGACUAUGCUGUGCAAGGUGGGACAGACAGAGAGGGCUGGCAGUAUGCAGCUGACUUUCCUGCGUCAUACCACGGAAAUAAAACACUGAAGGACUUUGUCCGCCGCAGACGUUGGGCCAGAAAGUGUAAACUCACAACAACUGGCCCCUGGCAGGAAGUUCCGCCUAUACCUUUAAGUGACAUCACAAUCCUGCCUUGUGGACCGAAGAGCACAGUGGAACAGGUGCCAUUAUGGGCCAUCAGCAACAAAGGAGACGUCUUAUGCCGUCUGGGUGUCACUUCACUUACCCCUGGAGGGUCGUCAUGGUUACAUGUUGGAACUGACCAGCCUUUCAAGUCGAUUUCCAUAGGUGCCGUCCACCAGGUUUGGGCCAUCGCUAAAGAUGGCUCUGCGUUCUAUAGGGGCUCUGUUUCUGCCCAGAACCCAGCAGGAGAUUGCUGGUAUCACAUUCCCUCUCCAGCCGGACAGAAGCUCAAACAGGUUUCAGUGGGCAGGACGUCUGUAUACACAGUGGAUGAAAAUGGUAACCUGUGGUACAGACAUGGCGUGACCCCCAGUUACCCUCAGGGCUCAUCAUGGGAGCACAUCUCCAAUAAUGUGCGCAAGGUGUCUGUGGGACCUCUGGACCAGGUGUGGAUCAUUGCGGAUAAGGUGCAGGGCAGUCACAGUUUGAGCUGUGGCACUGUGUGUCGCCGACUGGGGGUGCUGCCGAUGGAACCUAAAGGACACUCGUGGGACUACGGCAUUGGGGGCGGAUGGGAUCAUGUAACAGUUAGAGGAAAUGCAAUGGAGGCAGCUCGCAUCAUGAUGCCAUCCCUGACUGACAAUGCCAGCAACCAGACAGCAGCACGUCCCCCGCAAACCAGUAACCAUCCAGAGAUGAACGGAAACCCAGUGGGCUGUUAGUCAAACUAUGCUAACUGUAUCUACUGUAGCCAUGAAUUGUUCUCUUCCUCUCUGUAGCGCUUCUCUUGUACAGAGCAGAAUUACUCAAUCCCACCUAACAAAUCGUGCGACUCAAGCUCCUGCACUUGCAGACCACUGUGUUUUUGUUUGCAUUUCAGCUGAGUUCUCUUGAAAGAAGGCUCUCAUGGAUAUUGAGGCCACUUUCAGUAAUUCGCUCUCCUUUUUAACACUCCCAUCAUUCGUCAUUAUGUUUUUUACAUAGUACUUUUGGUUAGAGGAUCUUAAUUUAAUGUUUAUUUAUUUGUUUGUGGUAAAAUCACGACUGCCCGUUUGUUUUUCUGAUUCUUUAUUUGAAUCCAGGGGCAUUAAAUACAAAAAGUCACAGUGGAAGCUACUGAAGGUACACUACAAGCAUUUUAUAUUGAACAUCACACACAAACAACAUUUUUAAACAAACACCUGCUUCUGAGUAUUUUGUAGCUUGGCUGGAGUGCCGCUAAACAUUGGUUAAAGCGUAACAAAAUGUAAUACUUUCAUCAUCUGCUUGUAUUGGGUUUUUGGUUAUAUUCUUACUCAAAGUGGAGUAAUACACAAAUACACUACAGUUCUAAAAUCUGGGGUCAGUAAGAUUUUAUUUUUUUUUUUUAAUUAAUACUUUCACUCAGCACAGAUGCAUUAAAUUGACUCAAAUGACAGUAAAAGAUUGUUUUGUAAAAGUCCGGUUUCAAAAAUAAAUGCAGUACUUUUACAUUUUCUAUAAAGAAUCCUGAAACAAAAAAAAUCACGGUUUGUACAAAAAUAUUAAGCAGCACAACUGUUUUCAACAUUGAUAAUAAGAAAUUGUUACUUGAGCAACAAAUCAGCAUAAUUAAAUGUGUUCUGAAGGAACAAAAUGUACACAAUAUAGUACUGUUUUUAAUUAUUUUUGAUUAAGAAUAAGCACUGGUGAGCAUACCGCUAAAUAAAUAAAUAAAUAAAUAAAUAAAAAUCUUACCGACCUCAAAGUUUUGAAUUGUAGUGUAAGUUCAGACUCUUAUUUAGCCGUUGUCAUUGAUGAAAGAGUGCAAUAUUUACUUUUGCGCUUGAAAAUGUGAAAACAAUGUUGUGAAAUAUUUCUCAGGAUGUCAGCAUAUUUCAUUUAUGCAUAGAUAUAUGUGGUUUAAAUUCCAUUUAAA